AUGACUGUAACUAUCAACAUCAGUUCCAGUGAUUCCGAAACAUCCUCUGCCACCAAACCAGCCCCUAAAGUGCAAGCCAAGGAUGACUCGGCUCUCACCCGUCCCCAUCCGUUGCUAAAGAAAAAAUCAGGAGAAUUGAUUAAAUCUUCGUUGAGACUUUCAUCAUUAACAAAAUCAGCAUCGGCAUCGUCUCUCUUGAGCCCGACCAAGUCCGUUAGAUUCGCUAGCCGGUUGGCAAACAUCAAGAUGUUUGACGGAACCGACUCCCCCAGCGUGGUUUCCACCACCGAGAACUCCCCCACAGGAACACCGCCCGCAGCCGAAGGAGGCGAAAGCUACUUUGACUUACGUUGGGACGACGAUGAAAGCGAUAGUAACUCGGUUUCGGACGAAGAAGGUGUGAUUACACCACCAGGACCCACCAAGUACAAGUGGGAUUGGUCCAAUUUCAGACUGGUAACAAACUUGCAUUGCACCGAUGGGACGCCCAUUUAUCUCCUGACUUUGCUGCUUUCUGCCGACUCGACUUCGUUGAAUGGAAUGUUGAUGGCAAAGAAUAUCGCUUUUGAAAAGGCAAUCAGUAUAAAAUUGACUUUUGAUGGAUGGCAGUCCAAACUCAUCAUCAACAACGUUUCUUACGUGAGGUCGUUUGCAGCAAUCAACUAUGACCAGUUUCGUUUCUCGAUCCCCCUUCAAAACUUAGCUUCCGUUGUGAAUGUGGAGUUUGUGAUAAAAUACGAGGUGGCGAACCAAACAUUUUGGGACAAUAACUUGCAGCGCAAUUACAAGCUUAAGCUAGUCAAACAAAAACCUCAAACCAAGGGAUUCAAUUACAACUUCCCAUCCCAAUCAUUACCUCAGUUUGACGAAUUGGUCACCAAAUUGAACCUGUACCAAACUGAAGCAAAAGCCAACCUAGAUGACGGCAAUUACACAUAUUUAAAAUCCUCACCUUCCAAAACUAGAUCUGAUUUCCAUUCAAGGUAUGAUUUUAAUGCCGAGUUAUCUAAACCUCGAGAAUCAAAGAAACCUUCCACUAGCGAUAAGAUACCAGCACCCGCAUUUCAAUCGUAUCUGUCGCUAAUGCCCACCAGACCCCCAUUAAAGCACUCGUUUUCAUCAUCUGAUAUUCCGGAGAAACCAAAAUAUUCUCAAUCAUACAAGGCCAGACAGAAUGCUUCCACCUCCAAACCCACCACUUCACAAGAGGAACCAACCAAAUUCAACUCUCAAUCGUAUGCCAACCUUCUUGAAAAAUACUGUUUCUUUGGAGGCGAUGAGCAGCCACAAACUUCUCCAUUGUUAACUGCUCCACUUGGCGGCUCGAAAAUCGACUCCCCCGCAUCUACUUUCCACUUGUUGAGUGAUUCCAUUCACAUCUAA